UAUUUAAAUAUUGGUCAUUGAAAUUGGAAACUUCACUAUUUCAGUGCGCGUGUUUGGCGUUUGACAAGUGUUCUAUCUCCUCUCUGAUCGUGUAGAAAAACAAUUUGACAAGAUGCCUAAGUGUCCCAAAUGCAAUAAAGAAGUUUACUUCGCUGAGAAAGUGCAGUCUCUUGGUAAAGACUGGCAUAGGCCAUGUUUGAAAUGUGAAAAAUGUGGGAAAACUUUGAGCUCUGGUGGACAUGCAGAGCACGAAGGAAAGCCAUAUUGUAACAAACCAUGUUAUGCCGCUCUCUUUGGGCCUGGUGGAUUUGGGCGAGGUGGUACUGAAUCACACAAGUAUUAAGACUUAUAAGUUGACUUGAUAUAAUCAACCAAGUUUCAAACAUAAAACAUGUAAAUAAAAACUAGAAAAAUAAAAUAUUUGCUCUUGAAUAUGAUUUUUACACACGA